AUGUUGGGUACAUGUCGUAAGUGUUAUGAGGAACCUGAUAAAUCAGGUGUCGGAGCAGCAGUGAUUCAGCUUUUCAAGCACGACGGCCCGCAGGUGAACUCGCCCACAGAGAUCACACCUCUCCAUCAUUUACCAGAAACACAAAGAAGUGAGGAAGGGGAAGAGGCCUCUGUUGAGAUGUUCGGUGCCCUCUUCCUCUCAGACAGCUUGCUGUCACAGGGGGACCUCACAGCGCUCACCAAGAACCGCCUGUUGUUGCUUUUUAAUUUCAGAAGCGAGGUGACGCCCAACGGGCUCGGUGAAAAUUACAAGCUGUGA